AUGAGCUACCUCUCUGAGUGUCCCGCAGACUGUCUGCUGCUCAUAGCGGACAAGAUACCUAAAGACCGUGACCUCAGCGCCCUCGCACGGACAUGCCUGCGAAUUCAUUCCUUGCUCAAUCCCUAUCUAUACCGCCGUGCCGUCCAACCCCGAGGCCCAACACCCGCCCUCUGGUGGGCAAUCCGGAUUGGCAGCUUGAUGGCCACGCGGUACGCCCUCGAAGCCGGGGCAGACUUUGAUGCCAAGGAAGACGACUACUCAGCAGAUUGCGUGGUGAGCAGAGCAUUAGGCGCUCGACAUAGCACGAGGGGGAUAUGGGAUAGCCGAAAGUAUUUCGGGUGGACGGUUGACCCUCGAGCCGUGGACAGCUUGCUCGACGAGUACCGCUGCUUGAUCCUCCUGUUACUCGAUAGCGGUGCGAAUAUACACGGCAGGAGCAGACAGGGCUGGACACCUCUGCACAAGGCAGCGUGGUUGCCCGACGAAGAGAUGGUGCAGGUCUUGGUGGGACGGGGUGCGGAUAUCACUCUGACUUCUGAUGACGGCACUACUCCGCUCCACCUGGCUGCGUUUAGUGGCAAUGUAGAGGUGAUUAAGUUUCUCUUAGAGAAAGGAGCUGAUAUACACGCGCAGAGAAAGGAUUCAGGUACGCCACUUCAUCAGGCAGCUCGGGAGGGAUGUCUCGACGCGGCUGCUUUCCUGCUCGAAAAUGGAGCUAAAGUCGAUGCAAGAGACGGGAGCGGACAGACGCCUCUGCAUUCAGUGGUCUGGAGCGGGAUUGUGAAGCCAAUACAAAAGAUCGUCCAGCUUUUACUAGAUAAGGGUGCCGAUAUUGAGGCUGUUGAUGGAAAGGCGAUGACUCCUCUGCAGAAAGCCGUUGCGUUUGGAUAUUCAGAGGAAGUCAUCGACUGUUUGUUGGCAAACGGCGCGAAUGUGAAGGUGAUAGAUCGAGAUGGGCGUGAUCUACUCCAGCUGGGGUGGAAGCAUCAUCAUUACAAGUUCGCGCGGCGUUUUGCACGACGGUCCGCAAGAAUUAAAAAGCGGACAUCGCAAUAG